AAUUAAUUAAUGCAUCGGCAAAAUCAUGUCCUGCGCCAUUGCCGCGUUUCACUCAACUUUCCCAACCCUCGUACGAAAUCCUAACAUUUGUGCUUCAAGACCUCCGAGGAGGAGGAGGAUCCAGUGUUCGGCAUCGCAAUUAAGUUCAGGAGGCCAGAUGUCUUUUAGUGACUUCCCAUAUGUGUCGGCCCCACAAAAAGAACUAAUGGUUGACUUAUUCUCUAGUGUUGAAACUCGGCUGGGGUCUUUCCUUCAUCCUUGCAAUCUGCCGGCAGAUGUUCAAUCUUAUCAGAACCAGACUGAUACAGCUCAUGCUGCUCUUCUUCUCAGAUCUGGUAUCCACUCUUCUCAGGUUGAUUUGAUACUGGGAAGUUGGCUACAUUGUGAGUUACCAUCAGGGGGAGCCCUGAACAUCACCAGUUUGUCAGCCUAUCUAAACUCUUCAACCGAUGCACCCAACCUCGUGGUAGAGUUGAUACAAAGUAGUCCAACAUCUAUGGUUCUAGUUCUUGAUUUGCCUCCUAGAAAGGACAUUGUACUCGACCCUGAUUAUCUCAAGACGUUUUAUGAAGACACGAAAUUGGAGCAACACAGGCAACAUCUAGAGAAGCUCCCAGAGGUAACACCGUACUUCUCAUCAUCGCUUUAUUUCCGUUCAGUAAUCUCUCCCACUGCCAUUCUGGUGAGGAUUGAAACAGAGUCACUCGAGGAAAUGAUCAAAACUCAUGUUAGCCCAAUUGCCAAGGAAGUGUUGAAUAUUUGGUUGGAUGUUUGUGCUUUUGGGAAUAGGGUAGUGAGUGAAAGUGAAAUCGAUUAUUUGAAAAAGAGGGAUAAAAUGAGUAAAAGUAAGACCAUUGAAAUCGAUUUGGAGUCAAACCUGCCAAGGUUGUUUGGGAGAGAAACUGCUGACCGUGUGCUACAAGCCAUACGGCAGGUUUUUUAACAGCUCUGGGUUUGACGGGGACUUGUUUAUUUACCAUGGAAGCUUGUACCAUAUAUUGAUGCUCAUGUGUUAUCAUCCAUAUAGAAUUGGAGAUAUCCUUGUAUUCAUGGGCUCAUGGCCGUAGUUGUAAACUCUUAAUAUAAUGAUUGAACUUUCUUGAAGUA